AUGAAGGACUACUUGAUAUACUUCGCGCAGGCGUACCCCAACUUCCGCAGGGCCGAGAUCGAGUCCCUCGCCCAGUUGCAUGGCAUCUCCAUCGACAUGUCCCACCACGAUGAACAGAACCCAUUCCUCAUCGUCCAGUUGGAAAACGACUUGCAGGCCCAGCAGAUAAUGGAGAGAUCAGUGCUAGGCAGAGGCAUCUACGAGCUCUGGGGCCAGGGAAAGGACUUGGACGAAUUGCAUGCUAGUGUCAAGGAGUCCUCCCACGACAAGUUCGAACUCUACAAACAAGCAUCCUUCAAAUUCGACUUCAUAGGCUACAUGGGGUCCAGAAGCAACAAGACCAAGUUCGCAAUGAUCGAGUCCUUCUCGUUCCUUGCGUUCGAGGGACCUAUCCGCAUGAAGAAUCCCGACGAAAUAUUCACUGUGCUCGAAGAAUACAAGGUAACUGGUAACGACAAGGCCACCACUCCCGAGAGAAUGUGGUUCGGCAGACAGAUCCAAUUGAGUGCCAGGGUGGGCAACAUCUUGGACAAGUACGACUUGAGAAGAAGAAAGUACAUCGGAACCACCUCAUUUGAUGCUGAAUUGUCGUUGGUCAGUUGCAACAUCGCCCAAGUUGACCAAGGAAAGUUCACCUACGAUCCGUUUGCAGGAACAGGCUCUUUCUUGGUGGCUGCUGCCAACUAUGGAGGCAUUUCCAUCGGAUCAGACAUCGACAUCAGAACCCUUCGCGGAAAGAGCGACCAGUGUAACAUCAAGGCCAACUUCAACCAGUACGGUACCUCACUCCAGUUUGUGGACGUCUUGACCAUGGACUUCACCAACAACGCUCUCAGACAGAGCUUGUGCAUUGACACCAUUGUGUGUGACCCACCCUACGGAGUGCGGGAAGGUCUCAAAGUGUGUGGAGCUAAGGACCCCGAGAAGGCUGCUGGACGCGAGAAUGUGGUUAUUGACGGCGAAAAGGCCCACUUGAGAAGAGACUUCAUCCAGCCCAAAAAGCCAUACCAACUCUCCAAUCUCUUGGACGAUCUCCUUCGAUUUUCAGCGUCCAGACUUCCUGUGGGUGGACGUCUUGCCUUCUGGAUGCCCACAGCUAACGACGACUUCGAGAUCAACCAGAUACCCCAGCAUGCCCAACUUGAGUUGAUCUAUAACCUCGAACAGGAGUUCAACAAGUGGUCGCGUAGGCUUCUCGUGUAUGUCAAGCGUGACGAAAGCUACGUUGGUCAGACUUCGAAUGGAUUGAAGAGCCAGGGCAUCAAGGACUUCCGGGAGAGGUACUUCAACGGAUUCAGCGAAAAGAGCAGGUGA